AAAAAACUAUGAACAAAUGGUAAACAUCAGACUGUCAAUUAGACAUAGUAUUUUUGAAUAAUGCCUUAUAAUCCUACAUGUGACAAGAUUAAAUAAAUUAAAGGUUAAAGCUGAAUAAGCCAUUGAGUUUAAGCACAUUAAAUAAACUUACAUACAGUAAAAACGGGGGGGGAAAAAACUUCAUCAAACGAAUGAGAGUAAAGCUCAUCUUUAGCCGUGUUUAGGGAUCUAAAUGGAUUUCUAAUAGCGGCUGUGUGGAUCAGUGUCUCCCCCUGGUGGACACAGAAUAGAUAAAGCUGGCAUUAGUCAGCCAGCGGGUCAAAAGGACAGGGAGGGAGACGCGUGAGGUCGUGACUUUAUUAAAUCACAAUCUUUACUUUUGUUUUUAACACUGGAGAUUUUUAUUGACCUGUCAGAAUGAGAGAUGCGCUUCAUCCCAGAUCAGUUCGCUGUAAAACCUGAAAAAUAUUUGAAGUACCAAAAAAAGUAUCAUACAAAUCAUACCAAACAGCCCACGUUGUUCAUAUUUUCCACAGUAAAACUGACUUUGUGAUCUUUUUGGUAGCGGCUCUUUCUCUGUGUCAAGGAAUUUGAAGUCUAGCAGUAAAAUAGUGCUGAAGCACACAUCCCACGGUGCAGCGGGCAGCUGUGGCCUGUCAGCAGAUGAGUAGCUAUAACCCUUCUAAAAACAUGUCCAGUAGCCACAUGUCUUUUACAUAUGCUACAUAAACAUCUCCACUGAGACAUUUUCUAAAAGAAGAAAAACAGUGAAAACCAGUAAACCGUGCGUGUCUUGCUUUGCAUAACCGCAGUGUUAACGCUGCUGGAUGCUGAACAUUCUGUACUCUGUCUCAAUGCUGUGGUUCAACAAAUCAGCUGAAUCAGUCUUCUUUCUCCACAUCUUAACUCUCUGUGUCUUUUGCCAGUCUAUUUUGUGGUAUGAAGGUGUUUAGCUGAAAGGUAAUUGUAACUCAAAGUGUCCCAAUAUGAUAAAAAGGAAGCAGGGGAAGGAAGACGUUCCACUUCUGCUUUCCACUGACCAAAAAAAGAAAAAAGAAAAAAACGCCCCAGGGAUGUACAGAGUGAGUUCUUGCUCCUGUCCUCAGACUGUACUCUACAAUUUCAUGACUUACUGGCUGAUUUAAACUAUGGGAAGGUGGAUUAUCAUUAUUCUGGGAUUAAUUCCAGGUGUCUGGAGUGGAAGAUGGGGAGUGACCUAUGAAAACCAGUGCGCUCUAAGAGGGACGUCAGUAGAUUUGAAGUGCAAGUACGGCUAUACUUCAGGGAAUUUGGUCACCAGGGUCAGCUGGUCUAAAGCCCAGCAGGUCUCUAACGGAUGGGUUCAGGUUCCCCUCUCACAACUCCCUUCAUUGCCAAACCACUUUACAUACAUUGGCGAUUACCACGGCAACUGCGACCUGAGGAUCAAUAAUGUUCAGCCUUCAGAUCAAGGAGCAUAUUAUUUCAAAUUUGCCGGAACAUUUGGGGGAUGGACAAGUGACACAUACGCUUUCUUGACUGUGAGAGAGCUGACCACAGUGGUGGAGCCGAGCAUUGCCAGGGAGGGGGACGCUGUCAAGAUGACCUGCAUGUCGGGCUGUCCUGAAACUAAAAAGAUCAGCUGGUUCAAAGAUGGGCGACUUGUUUGGAGGCCACAGUUCCAGGCCAGGAGAGAGGAUGCUGGGAGCUACUACUGCGCCAUCCAGGGAGAGGAGACGGUCCGGUCGGCCUCUGUUGCUCUGACUGUUCACUAUCAGCCGACGAAUGUUUCAGUUUCAGUGAAUCCAGAGCAUAUUGUUGCGGGCAGCGGCGUCAAUCUAACCUGCGUCAGCGAUGCGAACCCUGCAGCAGACAACUACACCUGGUACAAAAGGGCAGAACCGACCGACUCCCACUCCCAGGUCCAUGUGGGCUCAGGACAGGUGCUGUCCCUUCACUCCAUGGAGUCGUCCCACAGCGGCCUUUACGUCUGCUAUGUGAGGAACAGCCUUGGAGAGGGCAACUCAACCGAGGUGGUCCUGGCCAUGGCAGCAGGGCAGAAUGGCAGCCAGUCCCUUCCCAUCUUAGCUGGAGUUGGACUACUUCUUUUAGUGGCGUUAGUUGCCGUGCUGCUUUUGUUCUGGAGGAAACAGAAGUCUGAGGCGGACAAAAAAACUCAUUUAGUCUCCAGACUCCAUGGAAGAGCAUCAAACCCUGAAGAACCGACAGAAACUGUUUAUUCCAACAUUCACAUGCCUCCAUCUUCUCCUCCACCCGCCUCUGACCCCUACAGCCCUCCAGCUUCACGCGGGAAAAAUACUCCUAAAUCUUCUGAGGCUGAGAUUAUCUACACCACAGUGACAAUCAAACCCAGAGACCGGAGAGCAGCACAACACGAAAACUCCUGGUCUAAAGGCAGAGAAGACGACAGCUCUGUGAUCUACUCCUCGGUCGUCAAAUCCAGCAGAUGAUUCGUCUCCUGACAACAUCUUUGUUUUAAAAUACAUGCUCAACACGUUUCGGGAGAAAGAGGCAUUAAAAGCUAAAGAAUUCAGAAUUUUAGUCAAAUAUAGUUUUUAUUUAUUUCUUUUAAUAUUAAAUUUGGUGAUUAAAAAAACUGUUGCUAAAACUGUUAAAACUAUAUUGUGAUUAAAAAAAACAUUUUUAUCUCAUUUUUGGACAGCAUGAACCACAUCAUGUCCAUUCUGCACACCUGUAAAUAUUGUAUUUGAAAAUAAAUCAUAUUUAUUGUGA